AUGGUCAGUGAUGUCUCAAGCGUUGAGAAUGUGCCUUUGUUGCGAAGCUUCGCCAUGCAUUACAAACAACGACCGGCCUUCAUCUUCAUCUACUCAGACGAACGGAAAGAUGCUGACCACAACAGCAUCGUCAAAUUUAUCCAGAAAUCCUCCAAUAUGCAUAUGCAAAACCCAGAACCUGGCGUCAGUACUACGGAACCCUUGAAGACUUGCCAAAGAUGUUUCCUCCGACUGGACAAAUUUCCCGAUCACCAAUGUGUCUAUCAAAAGGGCCACAAGGCGUGCCAGUAUUGCCACAAGGUCCGCCAUCGCUGCAUCCAGAUUCCCGAUGAGCUUCAGGCUGAAGCCAGAAAUGUCAUUGACAUCGAUGAAUUAUCUAGCCAACGUCCGCGGCUAGUUCAGGGUAUCCUUCAAAAGAUCCGUAGACGCACCUACUUGAUUAAUCAGAAGAAGAAAUUGGAAGGAUGCUCUGGGGUUAUCGAUGCAAAGCCAGAACCCGAUCUUGAGGAAUCCAACCAGGACGACGAUGGCGAUGAGGAUUACAAUGUGGAUCUCGCAGAGGAAGAAAUUCCUAGCUUUGACGUGUACGAGUAUUCCGAGAUGGAUGCCGCUUCCGAGGACCAACUUCAUCUAUCUCUUGAUACAGCUGCAAUAAAUCAUGAUGACGAGAUGGACGACGCUGCCGAAGCGCAACUACACAGUUCUCUUACUGCAUCUGCAAAGCUUAGUGACAUUGAGAUGGGUGAGGCCUCUGAAGAGCAGCUCCACGGUUCUCUCAGUGCAAUUGCAGAGCAUGGUGACAUUGAGAUGGGUGACGCUUCAGAGGAGCAGCUUCAUAGCUCCCUUGAUGAAGAGGCAGAAAACCCAGAAGUGAACAAGAAUACCUAUUCACGAGUCACUCGAAACUUCUUGAAAAGGGUGGGGGAGUGUACCAACUGGCUUUGA